CUCACGUCUGAAGCCAGCAAUUGAACCGAGCCACCAAGGCAAACCGACGCUCUCUCCCACAUUGAAACAUGUGCCGCCAAUACCCUGACAAGCCUGGGUCGGGACCCUCUCUCGUGGAGGAGCCUCUGCUCCCGUUGUCACCACUACCAUUGUCGUCUCGUCGUCGCCUCUUCUCUUCCUACCGGUAAUACAGCUCUGUUCUUUGACGGUUCAUCUCCUUCUGGUUCUUCUCCUUCUCCCAUCAUUCCGCUCCGCCAUUCCGAAACACCGUCAUUCAUUCCUCCAUCCAUCCAACUCGACCUGGGAACUUCCCCCUCUUCCGCCUGCCAUCUGGCCCUCUCUCCUGCCACUUCCCUCCAGCACGUACACGUACGAUCCCAACUGGCUAAAGGAGGAUCGCGGGCGUCUAUUUUUUCGAAAAUCACCCAAGGCACCGAGCGGCGGUCCGUGGCCCCGAGCUGUCCGUAAUUGCUGUUCCUUUGCCAAGCGCUUUCCCGGGUCCCGCCACCUUGCCAUGGGCUUUUGGCCCUGAGCUAUCGCAUUACUCGCGCUGCGCCGUCCCGUCGACGAGUCCGACGCCAGCUCCGUCCCAGCCACGACCUCGUGGUUUUGUGCUGUUGCUUGGUCAGCCUACUGUGUACCCCCCCCUUCUCGGCUGCUCUCUCAGUGCCCAGGUCCAUGAGUUCGUGACGGAACCUACAAACAAUCCAUUUAUUCUCUUCCACGACGAUUCCCUUUGGCUGCUGUCGAUACGUAGCAUCCGCCACCCACCAUGAUCGACCACGUCUUGGGAAGGCCGUCGGUCAAGUCGCGCCGCCUCCAAGUGCUGGCGGUGCUGGCUUUCUGGUCAGCAUACAUCUUCCGAGGCCAUCCCCACGGCCCGCCCGUGAUCCGUUUCCUCUCGAAGCUGACGACCAAGCGCCUCACUACAUGGCAGACGGUUGUCAUCACCAUGAUCUAUCUCUACGCAGCUCGACACUUCAGCACUCUUGUCGGCCUCGCGAGCCCCGAACCCAUGGCCAACAUGUACGAUGCCACCUACUUUCGCGCCACAUGGAUCUUGACCGCCCUGGAUGCCGGCUUCUGGACCGCCAUGAAGAUUCGCGCAAAGUGGCUGCGCGACCUCGCCAGCAUCGUCUUCUCCGUUUUCUAUAUGUUCGCCGCCGAGAAGGCCGAUGAGAAAGUGCGCAAGGUGCGCGGCAUGUUGACCGUCGAGCACCUGCGCGUGUCGUGGGACAAGGGAACGACACCUUACCUGCGCUUCUUCCAGGGCCUGAUGCGACCCCGCUUCUCCCGCUGGCCGCCACGCGCCAUCCGUAUCCCGCGACCUGCGGGCAGUGAUUACAAGGAGCCCGUAUCGGCUUGGCUCUAUUUCGAUGGCCCAUUGACGGAUCUCGCCCGGCACAAUAGGAUCGUGCUGGAUAUCCCCGGCGGUGGCUUCGUAGCCAUGGACCCUCGCUGCAAUGACGACAAGUUAUUCGCUUGGGCGUCCAAGACGGGAAUGCCGGUUCUGAGUCUGGAUUAUAAAAAGGCCCCCGAGUUCCCCUACCCCUAUGCUUUGAACGAGUGUUUCGAUGUGUACACCACCCUUAUCCGUAGCAAGGGAAGAUGUAUCGGCAUGUCCGGGAGAGAGACGCCCAGGGUCGUCCUGACGGGUGACAGUGCCGGCGGCAACCUGGCGACGGCGACGACCCUAAUGAUCGUCGAGCGAACCUCGGUCCCCAUGCGCCGUUACUCGAGCACGGGAGACCUGCCGCUGCCGGAUGGCCUGGUUCUCUUCUACCCGGCACUCGACAUGAACAUUGGAAACUGGAUGUCAGACGAGCAAAUGUCGCUGAUGAAGGACAGAAGGCUGAGGAGCACCAACCAGUCCAUCAUUAGGAGGAAGAGCGCACAGUACAAUGACUUGAUCGGCACACCCCACCAAACAGAUGACGAGGACGAUGGCUCGAAUAAGCAAUCUACGGAAUUGACCGCCAAGGAGGUCGAGAUUGCGUCACAACAGGCCCUGGCCAGCCCCCAUCCCGAAUACUCGCAUGGCGGCCCUCAAGGGCCUUCCAACUCGCAGUUCUCGACCGCCGACGCCAAGCGCAAGCAGAGCACUUCCCACCACUCGGAGCCCCUGCGAACCCGCCUCGCCAUGUCCUCCAUGAUCUCUUACUUCAACGAUCGCGUGCUCACUCCCGAGAUGAUGCGCGCCAUGAUCAUCCUCUACAUCGGCCCCCACAACCGUCCUGACUUCAGCAAAGACUACCUCCUCUCCCCCGUCCUGACCCCCGACUCUCUCCUCGCCCGCUUCCCCAAGGUUUACUUCCUGACGGGCGAGCGGGACCCGCUCGUCGACGAUACCGUCAUAUUCUCCGCACGUCUGCGCAAGGUCAAGGAGUCCAUGUUCGACCAAGCCCGCUCUGAGCGCUCCGACUUUGGCGACGGCCUCGAACCUGUCUUCAACCCCAAGGACGUCGCCGAGGUGAUGCUUAUCCCCGGUAUCUCUCACGGCUUCUUGCAGUUCCCCACCGUCUACCCGCCGGCGUGGCGGCACUUUGAGAGGUCCGCCGAGUGGAUCACGGAGAUCUUUGCCUCCGCUGACGCCGUCCGCGAGCGCGAGAGCCGUGGACGCCGACGAGCUGGCGGGCCCGUCACAAAUGGCAACACCGAAGGCCGUCACCACACCCGUGCCGAGUCGAGCGGUGACGAGGAUCGUCCGUUGGAGAUUGGCAUGACGAGGGCUAAUCGGAGGAACACGCUGACCCAGGAGCCGCAGCCCAUGGACGAGGGCGAAUCGAUUGUAGAGAAAGCCGAAACAGGCGGUAAGAAGAAGAACGGCCGGGCCAGAGCCGCGACCAAGAGCGCUAGUGCGAGCCUGGUGAAGCUCAAGAGUACAGAUGACCUGCUCGGCAGGAGGAUGCAAGGGCUUGCUGGCGGUCUCACGGGCGUAGGGGGACAAGAGUGAGCAGGGUGGGAGCUGUACUUGUACGACGAUUGGUGCCCAUCAUGAUUUGGAAGCGACUAGGUAUUUUGUUUUUUGAUGACACGGUUCCGCUGUUCGCUUGUGGGGUGGUAGAUUGUUUGUAGAUUGGAUUCGCCAACGAAGCUUGUAUACAUGACAGGUAGUACCACGUUUUAUAGAUACAAUGCUCUCUGUGUCACUA